UCUCUCUUUGAGUACUUUCACUGCAUCCUCCUCUCUGCAGCAGUCACAGCAGCAGCACAAGGUCUUCAGAUUUGAUCAUGGAAAAAUCUAAAAAUCCAUCACCCACUUCGCCUUCAGCUGCUCCAACACCACAAGUACAGAGGCUGUACGCACUCAUUGAAAAGCUUCCAGACAACUACAGGAAGGCUGCUACAACUUUGUGGGAGGCCUAUCACCGACGCCAUACAAACAACAGAAUCAACGAAUUCUUCAAAUGCUUGGAAGAAUGUGUGAAGCACCCUCAUACAGAUGCAGUAAAGGUCCACAUUUACUGUACAGCUGAGACCUUCGGGGCGGACAAAGAUGUGCUGUACCAAGUAAACUUGUCUCAACAGCUACUGGUGGAGAGCACAGACCUACAGGAAUGCAACACUGUCAUUGUUUUCUGCCCAAUCAACUCUCGUGUUAGGUCAGAUGUGGAGGCAGCCAUGGCUAAAGCACCAGGUAAUAAAGACAUCAUCCUUGUUCUGAUGCACCAUACCCGAAAGACAGACUACUCAACAAGCGGUUCAGAGUGGUCUCAAAUAUUUCCAAAUGUAAUCCUGCAUGUUGAUGUUCUCUUUCAUGAGACUGAGAGAGGAUUACUGAGCUGUCAAAAGAAUGAACAGGCAAUCUGUCAGAUACAACAACAACUACAGGACAUUAGCAAACCAACCAACACUGUGGGAGGACUGGGUCUUUUGGCCUCACCCCAAAGUGAGAGUUUGUUAAUGGCACAGACUCAUGAACCUAACACUGCAGAUAGUGGAAAAUGUCUGAUUUCGUAAUAAGACAGCUCGGACACUGACAAUGAAAAAAACUGUUUAGUAGAGACUAGAACAACUAACGAUUUACACUUUGCAUGAAAAGGAUAAGUCUAAAUAAUCUAAAUGAACAACAUAUUACUUAUUACAAUGUUGAAUCUUUACAAUAUGAGAUUUAAUGUCACAACCAAAUGAAUGAAA